GAAAAAUCAAGUUUGCAUGGUUAGGUGACGUCAAAAACUGGAGAAGGAUCAACUUUUGACUUACACAGCUGAAAAGCAUGGCAUUUUACAUAUCAAGGAUUUUAAAUACAAGUAUAUGGUCAUUGAUCUCUCGUUCAAUAGCCUGCUUGAGUCCUUCAAAUUCGAGCCAUCGAAGGUUGGAAAAGUAUAUGGUACACGUGACAUGUGACUUGCGUAAGCCCUUGUUUCCAAGCUUGGGACGGCCAGUGACAAAUAUUCUGCAUAUUACUGGUGGACUUUUGCGCUGAUAGCCUCGAUACACCGCCAUGAGUGAAGCAAUCUUACAUUCAUCCACACACCAAAGGCUGGAGCCGUUUUUAAUACUCUCCAAAUCAGUCAAAGGACCCGCCAACAUCAAGUUAAUUCAGGAUGUUUUGGCUGCGCCAAGUAUCUACGUGUUUGCGGAGUUACUCGAGUGUCCGAAUAUGAUGGAGGCAUCAGCUCUCCCAGAGGUAAUACCCUACUACACACUGCUCAAAAUCUUUUCUUACGGGACAUACCGGGACUAUGUUGAACAUGCAACGGAGCUCCCACCGCUAAACGAACAGCAAACUACCAAAUUAAAGCAUCUGUCAAUUGUAUCUAUGUCUGAAGAAAGUCGGACGAUAUCGUACGAUAAAUUGAUGAGCUAUUUGGAUGUCACAGACGUCAGGAAACUAGAAGAUUUAAUCAUCGGGGCAUUUUACGAAGAUGUAAUGAAGGGCAAGAUGGAUCAAAAGCGAAAGCAGUUGGAAGUUGAAUAUACCAUGGGACGUGACCUACGACCUGGACAGAGAAGCAGCGUGAUAAGCAUACUACAUGAGUGGUCACAAAACACCGACACUAUAUUGGCAAGCCUGGAUCAAAAAUUACAAUCUAUUCAUGAAACAGCUGCAGAGGAAAAACGUCAACGAGAGCAAUAUGACCGAGAGAUUGAACGAUUGAAGAAGGAAAUUAAAAGUAGCGGGGCUAUGGAUGUUGAGGAGGAUGGCGCAAGGGGCAAGGGACGUAGAACGAACACUGGACUAUACGAUGACGAGAGCUAUCGAGCCGCACGCACUCGCAAGAGGUAAAAAGAGGGAUUUAUUCAAUUUAUUUCUUUGGGGGAGAGGAGGGAAGAAAAGGGAGGGUAAAAGGAGGAAGCUGACUUCAUGUGUCUCCCCCCAGCAGAGGCUCCAAACGGUUCAUGUUAGGCCGCUCUUAGAAAGUCCGCCAUGUGUCACACGAGAAAAG